CAUCCCGCUAAACGGCUCAACUCGUUUUAAUCCCAACGGUUGACCACUGCGUUGUAUGGAGGAGACACGGUGAUACUUUACCUAAAGUGCCAGGCCAGCACGGAUGAAAGCAAAUGCACAUUUCAUGCAGACUCCCUUCAAAUCAAAGGAAAUCAGCCUUUAAUUGGAUUUCUCUAUGCAGGAGGCGAAAAGAUGCACCUUGCAGCUGCGUGCGGGCAUGCAACGAGAGGCUGCAGACAGACGAACCUCGGUCGCCCUCACAAAGUUCUACAUUUCUGUCUUCUUUUAGGCAUCACACACGCCCAGAGGAAUUGAUGGUGGCUUUUUUUUAGCAAAUUCUUGUGGCGUUGAACUGCAGACAUGGAAGGGGUGAAAAAAGAUGCCCCUCCAGGGGGCAAUGGAGAAAAAUCCGACACCCUGGGGUCAACUGGCUCAGCCAGAAAAAGAGGAGGGGGGGCCAAGAAGGCGAUGCAGGCCAACAAGUCUGCCCUCAGAGCUCCUCGUGCCCUCUGUUGCCUCACCCUCAGCAAUCCCAUACGCAUGGCAGCUCUGGCCCUAGUGGAGUGGAAGCCCUUUGAUAUCUUCAUUCUUCUUGCCAUCUUUGCCAACUGUGUGGCCAUGGGAGUCACCAAGCCAUACCCUGAUGAUGACUCCAAUGCUACUAAUCACAAACUGGAACAAGUGGAGUAUGUCUUCCUCGUCAUCUUCACCAUUGAGACUUUCACUAAAAUCCUUGCCUAUGGCUUGGUCAUGCACCCCAGCGCCUACAUACGCAGUGGAUGGAACUUGCUUGAUUUUGUUAUCGUCAUUGUCGGGCUGUUCAGUGUCAUGGCAGAAGCCAUGACAGACCACAAGCCAGGAGAGGCUCAUCACGCUGCAGGAAAACCUGGAGGCCUGGAUGUCAAAGCUCUCAGAGCGUUCAGGGUGCUGCGACCCCUCCGACUCGUAUCUGGAGUUCCGAGUCUGCAAAUUGUGUUGAAUUCUAUCAUGAAAGCCAUGGUUCCGCUCCUUCACAUCGGCAUGCUGGUCAUGUUCGUCAUCAUCAUCUACGCCAUCAUCGGCUUGGAGCUUUUUAUCGGCAGGAUGCACAAGACGUGCUACUCUACCAGCACAGGUUUAAUGAUUGAAGACGACCCAUCACCUUGUGCCUUCGCAGGGAGUGGGCGCUUCUGUGUUGGCAAUAGUACUGAUUGCAGGGGCAAGUGGGAGGGUCCCAAUGGUGGCAUCACAAAUUUCGACAACAUCUUCUUUGCUAUGCUUACAGUUUUCCAGUGCAUCACAAUGGAGGGCUGGACAGAUGUGCUAUACUGGAUGAACGAUGCCAUUGGUUUUGAGAUUCCUUGGGUCUAUUUUGUUUCCCUGGUCAUCUUCGGUUCAUUUUUCAUCAUCAAUCUUGUAUUGGGUGUGUUGAGCGGAGAGUUCUCUAAGGAGAGAGAAAAGGCGGUGGCCCGCGGUGAGCUGCAGAAAGCGCAAGAGAGUAGGCAGAUGGAGGAGGACAUGAUAGGCUACAUGGACUGGCUCAUUGAGGCUGAGGAUGUGGAUGAAGAAGGAAACAAACGAGCUGCUAUUGCCAAGAAAAAGAUGAUGAAGAAGUUUGGUUGGUACAAACACAGCGAGGAUGGAGGCGAGUCUGAUUCGGAUGAUGACAUUGCAUACCUCGAUGACGACAACGGAUGCUGCGCUUCUCUUAUGGCCAAGAUGAUGGCCAAUAGCUUCUGUGACCAGUUGUGCCAGUUGAACCACACGUUCAGGAAAAACUGCCGCGUGGCUGUCAAGACUACUAACUUCUACUGGCUGGUUCUUCUUCUGGUUUUUCUCAACACAGUGGCCAGUGCUUCAGAGCAUUAUGGGCAGCCAAAGUGGCUCACAGAAAUGCAAGAGCGAGCCAAUAAGGUCCUAUUGCUGCUUUUUACUCUGGAGAUGCUGAUGAAGAUGUACGCCUUCGGGCUGCAGAUAUACUUUAUGGCUCUCUUCAAUCGCUUUGAUUGCUUUGUGGUGUGCGGUGGAAUCCUGGAAACACUGCUGGUGGAAUCAGAUUUUAUCCCCCCUAUUGGCAUCGCAGUGCUGCGCUGCAUCCGACUGCUCAGAAUCUUCAAGAUGACUCGGCAUUGGGCGGCCUUGUCCGACUUGGUCAACUCUCUACUCAACUCUAUGAAAGCUAUCUGCUCCCUUCUGCUCCUACUCUUCCUCUUCCUCAUCAUCUUUGCCCUCUUGGGCAUGCAACUGUUUGGGGGUAAAUUCAACUUUGACGAGACACAGAUGAAGAGGAGCACUUUUGACUCCUUUCCUCAGGCUCUGCUCACUUGCUUUCAGAUCCUCACUGGAGAGGACUGGAACGCCGUGAUGUAUGAUGGUAUCAUGGCCUAUGGAGGACCAGUCUUCCCCAACAUGGUGGUGUGCAUUUACUUUGUCAUCCUAUUUGUCUGUGGUAACUACAUCCUACUCAAUGUCUUCUUGGCUAUUGCUGUUGACAACUUGGCUGGAGGUGGCGGACAGAAUGAAGUAGAAGAGAAAAAAGAUGAUGAUGAAGACUGGGAUGAUGAUGAAGAGAAAGAAGAUGAUGCAGGGAACGAGGACGACGACUGGCAGGAGAAUGAGGAGCUAAGAGCCAUUGAGGGGCUGGAGGGAGUUGCCCCAUUAAAGCCUGAGUUUUCUGGGCCUAAAGAAAAGAUUGUGCCCAUCCCAGAUGGAAGCUCCUUUUUUAUUCUUGGGAAAAAGAAUUGCUUGCGAGUGGCCUGCCAUAACCUCAUCCAUCACCCCUACUUCACCAACUUCAUCCUCAUUUUCAUCAUCCUCAGCAGCAUUUCUCUGGCUGCUGAGGAUCCCAUCAAAUCCCACUCAUUCCGAAACAUUGUCCUGGGUUACGCUGACUAUGUUUUUACUUCAGUUUUUACUGUGGAGAUUGUACUGAAGAUGACGGUGUAUGGAGCUUUUCUUCACACCGGUUCCUUCUGCAGAAACGCCUUCAACCUUCUGGACUUGUUAGUGGUCAGUGUGUCGCUCACGUCUUUCUUUCUUCACUCAAGCGCUAUCUCUGUGGUGAAGAUUCUCAGGGUGCUCCGUGUGCUCAGACCUCUCCGUGCCAUCAACAGAGCCAAGGGACUGAAAAACGUGGUACAGUGUGUGUUUGUUGCAAUCCGCACCAUCGGCAACAUCUUGAUCGUCACAACGCUCCUUCAGUUCAUGUUUGCCUGCAUCGGGGUGCAGCUUUUCAAGGGCAGAUUCUACAGCUGCACAGAUGAAGCCAAACACACUCCCGAUGAGUGCAAGGGAACGUUUGUGGUCUAUAAAGACGGGGAUAUGAACCAUCCAAUGGUGAGAGAGAGGAUUUGGGAAAACAGCGACUUCAACUUUGACAAUGUGCUGAUGGGCAUGCUGGCUUUGUUCACAGUGUCCACGUUUGAAGGAUGGCCACAGCUCCUGUACCGGGCAGUGGAUGCCAAUGCCAUAAACCACGGCCCUAUUUACAACUACCGGGUGGAAAUCUCCAUCUUUUUCAUCAUCUAUAUCAUCAUCAUCGCCUUCUUCAUGAUGAACAUUUUUGUGGGUUUUGUCAUCAUUACCUUCCGAGAACAAGGAGAGGCUGAAUUCAAAAACUGCGAACUCAACAAAAACCAGCGCCAAUGUGUCUACUAUGCCUUGAAAGCUCAACCGAUAAAAAUUUACAUUCCCAAAAAUCCCUCCCAGCUCAAAUUCUGGAGGAUAAUAAACUCCAGCCAGUUUGAGUACGUCAUGUUUGUGCUGAUUCUGGGCAACACGCUCACCCUGGCAAUACAGCAUUAUGAGCAGUCCAAAAACUUCACCUCUAUCAUGGACAUCCUCAACAUGAUCUUCACUGUGGUGUUCACCAUUGAGAUGGUCAUCAAGUUACUGGCUCUUCGUGCGCAUCACUAUUUUAUUGAUCCAUGGAAUUCUUUUGAUGCUUUGAUUGUUGUGGGAAGCGUGUUGGACAUUGCAGUCUCAGAGUUCAGUGGUGGAGGAGGUCACGGUGAGGGAAAAGGUGAAAGUGGCAAAGUUUCCAUCACGUUCUUCCGUUUGUUUCGAGUGCUGCGAUUGGUCAAACUGCUCAGUAAAGGAGAAGGCAUUCGAACUCUUUUGUGGACUUUUGUCAAGUCACUCCAGGCUUUACCAUAUGUUGGUUUGCUCAUUGCAAUGAUCUUUUUCAUCUAUGCUGUGAUAGGCAUGCAGACAUUUGGGAAAGUGGCCAUUGAUGAUGACACACAUAUCAACAGAAACUGCAACUUUCAGACUUUCUUCAUGGCUGUUCUGGUGCUAUUCAGGUGUGCCACUGGAGAGCAGUGGCAGGAUAUCAUGUUGGCCGCAUUGCCCGGAAGGCGCUGCGACCCAGAGUCAGACACAGAGCCUGGUGAAGAGUUCUCUUGCGGCAGCAACUUGUCCUACAUCUACUUUAUCAGCUUCUUCAUGCUCUGCGCUUACUUGAUUAUCAAUUUAUUUAUUGCUGUCAUCAUGGACAACUUUGAGUACCUAACAAGAGACUGGACAGUACUUGGUACUCACCACCUGGACGAGUUUAAAAGAGUUUGGUCGGACUAUGAUCCAGAAGCCACUGGCCGCAUUAAGCACAUCGAUGUCAUCACCAUGCUGCGGAGAAUUCAGCCACCUCUUGGUUUUGGGAAAAUGUGUCCUCACCGUGUUGCUUGCAAAAGGUUGGUUUCUAUGAAUGUUCCUCUGCACCCUGAUGGGACGGUCACCUUCAGCGCUACCUUGUUUGCGCUGGUGCGAACUUCCCUUAAGAUCAAGACUGAAGGUUGUAUCUUUUUCUCACCACUCACACAUGUACUUAUUCAAGCUUUAUGCACAAGAAUUGGAUACAUUUGCUUUUUUUUUUUAGGGCCCAUCGAUCAGCAGAAUGAAGAAUUGAAGCUCAUCAUCAAGAAACUGUGGAAGCGGACCAAGCCUAAACUCAUAGAUGAAAUCAUUCCUCCCCCUAGAGGGGAUGAGGUGACUUGCGGCAAGUUUUAUGCCAGCUUCUUGAUUCAGGACUAUUUCAAAAAAUACCGCAAGAGAAAAGAGAGAGAACGAAAGUCUAAAAGGAAGGACAAAGCUGCUUCUCUUCAGCAAGGGCUGAGGACGCUACAGGAUCUGGCUCCGGAGAUGCGCCUAGCUAUGGCAUGCGACCUGGAAGAAGAGGAGGGUGUGGAUGGAGAGAUGACAGGCGAUGAGAUAUUCUACAGUGAGCACGCAGCCUCGGCCACCACCACGCCUGCAAGCACACCCAUGCCGCCCCUAGAAGUGCUGAUACAGCAAACCGCUGUAGUUGUUGAACCAGACACCAAAGAGAUGGUAAUCACUGAGCAGGUGACAGGUCUACAGGAUGCCCAGAGACCUGGAUCAGAGCUGGCAGGAGUGAGCGUUGUCACAGAGCAGCCAGUGCGAUCAAGAGCCCCGCUCACCAGGGCAGAUUGCAUCAGCAACCUACCUCCCCCUCCUCCUCCGGACACUCCAGUCGGAUCUGAGUUCACAGCUCCUGAGGCAACUACACUGAGAGUGGCUGAGCAGUUUUAUAGCAACGAAGGAGAUGCUGAAAGACCUGCAUCAGUAGACCGGUAUGCGUAUCCUGAGGCCACCUCUCCUUUACCACCUGAGCCUGAGUACAACAGCCAGAACCUUGAACAAGCCAACAUCAAUGGUGGAAUGUCAUGUGAACCUCACAAUGCCAAUGGCUUCGGUAAUGGUUAUAAUGGAACCACUACCACAAGUGGAGGAAGUGUUGCUGGGAGCCCCUACCCGACAAACGAAUACAAUGGCAACGGAUACUCGGCAUACCAUGAAAACGGGAGCGUCAUGAGCACAAAUGACAACGGCCGUGCUGUGAGUAGAAGUUCCACAGGGAAUGGCUACAAUGGAAACGAGAGCAGUGGUGCACAGUUUGUUAGGAGGAGGCUCCUUCCUUCCAUACCGAAAGGUCGCAAGCCCACCUUUAACUUCCAGUGUCUGAGGCCACAGAGCAGUGGGGAUGACAUUCCCAUCCCAGGAAACUAUCGAGGCAACACAUCCCCAUCCAGAUCUCGCCUCCAGACUCACCACAACUUGGACUCCAGGCCCAGCAGUGUGUCCUCAGUGUCGUCCGUCUCUUGGGCCAACACAAGGGCAGCCGGCAACACACCAGGUCCUGGAUUGAUCACCCCCUCAGCACGCAGGGGCAAGCUGAUCUACACGCCUAUGAUCCUGGUGGAUGAGGCCACAAAGACCAGCCAGCCGCUGUGGAGCGACGGCUCGGCCAGUCUUCCUGCGGGAAGUCAUCCCGGCUGGUACUCUGGUCAGAACAGGACCGCCAGCUUGAGGGUUCCACCGGCCAACCAGGGCUUUGUGAACAAAGGCAGUGCUGACAGUCUGGUGGAGUCGAUCCUGAUCUCUGAGGGUCUGGGAAUCUACGCCAAGGACCCAAAGUUUGUGAAUUUUGCGAAGCGGGAAAUUGCCGACGCUUGUCAUAUGAGCUUGGACGAGAUAGAGAGCGCCGCCGCCGACCUGAUCGCUCGUGGAGCCGGACAGUCGAUGUCUCACUUUGAGGACGAGCUGGCCGACGAAAUGAACUGUGUGAUUUCUUACUGACACUUGGAAAAACUGGAAUACCUGCGAAAAUAUGAGACAUAUAUUCAUUUUUUGUCUAUUGGCUGUUGCCACAAACAUUCAGGGAUUUAAGUGUGUGAACCCAACAAAGACUUUUAUGCACAUUAUGCUGUGUUUUUAUUUUAUUAUAAUUACUGUGCACCUUUUUGCAAUGGACUCUCAUUUUGUACUGUACUUGAAUGGCCACUUUCCACACUGUUAUGUGCAAUUUAAAAGGAAACUGCACUUUUUGGGGUGAAUAUUUCCUAUCAUUCACAGUCCUUAUGUAAGACAAGCACACCUAUGUUUUUCUUUGUUUAAUGCAUUUUAACUAUAGUAAAUAAAUGUGAGCAGAAAUUUGCUUACAAUAGGAGUCGUUGCCUAUAAAGCCCUUAUAAAUACAUCCAUACACCUCCAUCAAUGUUGUAUAUACAAAAUGUAAGUAUAUAUGUAAUAAAGUAACAGGCACAUUCAUAAUAGCAUGUCAUAUUUAUGUAUUUUGCUCAUUUUAAGCAUACGGUGGCGCAUUCGUUUUAUAGAAGCGUCACAAUGUUCGCGUUUUCCUUCAACUACAACAAUGUGUACAACUCAUGCAGACUUCAUGGGAGCCAACAAACAUAAUAAAACAUCUCUUACUUUACAAUGUCUGCUCUCACUGGGAUACCAACUGAUGACAUGUUAUAUUCCUAAAGGAAGAAUGACUUGUAAUCUUGGCGAAGGGUUAAAAAAGGGUGGGUGCAAACCAGCGUUUUCCGCGUGUCUUUCUUAUCAUCUUCAGGCCAAAAAUGGCUGUCAACGUGUACCAACUUCUCAGUUUAUGUCCACGUCAUUUUACUUUUGAGGUGAGAGGCAUGAUUUAUAAUAAAGAUUUAACUUUCACGAGUUACGAGGUGGGAAACCAGCUGAUGUCAAUACAGCUGCAUAAGGAAGUUGCCUCUCUGAUCAAUGCGCCACUAAGAGUAUAGGUUCUUAAAGGCCUACUGAAAUGCAAUUUUCUUAUUCAAACGGGGAUAGCAGGUCCAUUCUAUGUGUCAUACUUAAUCAUUUCGCGAUAUUGCCAUAUUUUUGCUGAAAGGAUUUAGUAGAGAACAUCGACGAUAAAGUUCGCAACUUUUGGUCGCUGAUAAAAAAGCCUUGCCUCUACCGGAAGUAGCAGACAAUAUGCGCGUGACGUCACAGGUUGUGGAGCACCUCACAUCUACACAUUGUUUACAAUCAUGGCCACCAGCAGCGAGAGCGAUUCGGACCGAUAAAGCGACGAUUUCCCCAUUAAUUUG